CGAAGAAGUAGGGGCGGGGGGAAGUUUAGGAGUUGAGGAAAGAAGAUUAAAGAGCGCGAGGAGAUCUCACAGACCAGUGGAAUAAAGGCCUUUUGCAUAUGAAGAUCAGGUGACAAGUUAACUGGCUACCAGCCUCCAAAGCAAUACGCCCUUUCAUGAUUGUAAGCAGAGGCCCUAUCUUGUUCUCUCUUUUUGUCUGCCACCUUGCAGUGAAGACGUGGAUGGACCUAGAGACUGUCAUACAGAGUGAAUCACACAAAAAGAAGUGUUAAGAAUUGCCCUUUGAGACUCUGAAGACUAAAGAGUACCUGAUAAAUUGCAAGUCUGUUUGUGCCCCAUAGCUGCACAGACUGCCUGAAGUUACAUUUAGAGACUGAAAUCACUGCACCUUAAAAACAAAAGAUUGAGCUGCACUGCAUUCUUAAUGUUUCACCAUCACUAACUGGAUUUUCCUCGUGACAUUGCCGUCUGCAGUGGCUGGCACUUUUCCUCCACGAAUUGAGAGAAAGAGAAUUGGCUGGAAUAAAACCUUGCUUUCCAUAUGGUUGACUUGAAAUACAGCAUUGAAAAGUUCCUUGACCGUCAUUCUGUGGCCUGCCCCUUCUCUUUAUAUGCAGCCGCUCUCUGUUCCCUGCCCCAAUGAACAUCUGCACUAGGCCCAAGCCUUGGAGUGAUUUACCUGAAGAGUGACACCAUUUAUUUGAAAACUACUAUGAGGAAACUGAAGCCCAGAGAGGUGAAGUGAGGUGCCCAAGGCCACACAGCAAGUUAGAGGCACAGCUAGUACCAUAGCUCAAGUCUCCAGACUCCCAGUCCAGUGCUCCUCCCAUUACUCCACGGGUCCUGUCUCUAAGCUUCCUGACAAAUGCUAGAACGGAAGAAACCCAAGACAGCUGAAAACCAGAAGGCAUCUGAGGAGAAUGAGAUUACUCAGCCGGGUGGAUCCAGCGCCAAGCCGGGCCUUCCCUGCCUGAACUUUGAAGCUGUUUUGUCUCCAGGCCCAGCCCUCAUCCACUCAACACAUUCACUGACAAACUCUCACGCUCACACCGGGUCAUCUGAUUGUGACAUCAGUUGCAAGGGGAUGACCGAGCGCAUUCACAGCAUCAACCUUCACAACUUCAGCAAUUCCGUGCUCGAGACCCUCAACGAGCAGCGCAACCGUGGCCACUUCUGUGACGUGACGGUGCGCAUCCACGGGAGCAUGCUGCGUGCACACCGCUGCGUGCUGGCAGCCGGCAGCCCCUUCUUCCAGGACAAGCUGCUGCUGGGCUACAGCGACAUUGAGAUCCCGUCCGUGGUGUCGGUGCAGUCGGUGCAAAAGCUCAUUGACUUCAUGUACAGUGGCGUGCUGCGGGUCUCGCAGUCGGAAGCCCUGCAGAUCCUGACGGCCGCCAGCAUCCUGCAGAUCAAAACGGUCAUCGAUGAGUGCACGCGCAUCGUGUCGCAGAACGUGGGCGAUGUGUUCCCGGGGAUCCAGGACUCGGGCCAGGACACGCCACGGGGCACUCCCGAGUCGGGCACCUCGGGCCAGAGCAGCGACACCGAGUCGGGCUACCUGCAGAGCCACCCGCAGCACAGCGUGGACAGGAUCUACUCGGCGCUCUAUGCCUGCUCCAUGCAGAAUGGCAGCGGCGAGCGCUCCUUCUACAGCGGUGCGGUGGUCAGCCACCACGAGACGGCGCUCGGCCUGCCCCGCGACCACCACAUGGAAGACCCCAGCUGGAUCACGCGCAUCCACGAGCGCUCGCAGCAGAUGGAGCGCUACCUCUCCACCACGCCCGAGACCACGCACUGCCGCAAACAGCCCCGGCCGGUGCGCAUCCAGACCCUGGUGGGCAACAUCCGCAUCAAGCAGGAGAUGGAGGACGACUACGACUACUACGGGCAGCAGAGGGUGCAAAUCCUAGAGCGCAACGAGUCCGAGGAGUGUACGGAAGACACCGACCAGGCCGAGGGCACCGAGAGUGAACCCAAGGGCGAAAGCUUCGACUCGGGCGUCAGCUCCUCCAUAGGCACCGAACCCGACUCCGUGGAGCAGCAGUUCGGGCCCGGGGCGACGCGGGACGGCCAGGCCGAAUCCGCGCAACCGGAGCAGGCCGCGGAAGCCCCGGCUGAGGGCGCCCCGCCGCCGCACCAGCUAGAGACCGGUGCCUCCUCCCCGGAAAGAAGCAACGAGGUGGAGAUGGACAGCACGGUGAUCACCGUAAGCAACAGCUCCGACAAGAGCGCCCUGCAGCAGCCUGCGGUCAACACGUCCAUCGGGCAGCCACUGCCAAGUACCCAGCUCUACUUACGCCAGACGGAAACCCUCACCAGCAACUUGAGGAUGCCUCUGACCUUAACCAGCAACACACAGGUCAUUGGCACAGCCGGCAACACCUACCUGCCGGCCCUCUUCACCACCCAGCCCGCGGGCAGCGGCCCCAAGCCUUUCCUCUUCAGCCUGCCACAGCCCUUGGCAGGCCAGCAGACCCAGUUUGUGACAGUGUCCCAGCCCGGCCUGUCAACCUUUACUGCACAGCUGCCAGCGCCACAGCCCCUGGCCCCAUCCGCCGGCCACAGCACAGCCAGUGGGCAGGGCGAAAAAAAGCCUUAUGAGUGCACUCUCUGCAACAAGACUUUCACCGCCAAACAGAACUACGUCAAGCACAUGUUCGUACACACAGGUGAGAAGCCCCACCAAUGCAGCAUCUGUUGGCGCUCCUUCUCCUUAAAGGAUUACCUUAUCAAGCACAUGGUGACACACACGGGAGUGAGGGCGUACCAGUGUAGUAUCUGCAACAAGCGCUUCACCCAGAAGAGUUCCCUCAACGUGCACAUGCGCCUCCACCGGGGCGAGAAGUCCUACGAGUGCUACAUCUGCAAAAAGAAGUUCUCCCACAAGACCCUCCUGGAGCGACACGUGGCCCUGCACAGUGCCAGCAACGGGACCCCUCCCGCAGGCACACCCCCGGGGGCCCGAGCUGGCCCUCCAGGGGUGGUGGCCUGCACGGAGGGGACCACCUACGUCUGCUCCGUCUGUCCAGCAAAGUUUGACCAAAUCGAGCAGUUCAACGACCACAUGAGGAUGCAUGUGUCUGACGGAUAAGUAGUAUCUUUCUCUCUUUCUUAUGAACAAAACAAAACAACAAAAAAGAAACAAACGAAAAAAAGCUAUGGCACUAGAAUUUAAGAAAUGUUUUGGUUUCGUUUUUACUUUCUGUUUUUGUUUUUGUUUCGUUUCAUUUUGUACUACAUGAAGAACUGUUUUUGCCUGCUGGUACAUUACAUUUCGGAGGCUCAGGGGGAUAAUAGUUCUCCCAGUCUCCCUCGGAUGGUGGCCUUAAGGCCUGGUAGUGCUUCAGGAGGUCCACUGGUUGGAUCUCUAGCUACUGGCCUCUAAAUACAACCCUUCUUUACAAAAAAAUCUUUAAAAAAAAAAGUAAAAAAAAAAAAAAUUUUCUUUUUUCACUUGUGAAGAGCACUACAAAAAUAUAUAACAAAAUCUAAAAGGCCUACUGUCUUUAAGUACACCGCUUGCAGUGUUUCAGUGGACAUUUUCACAAUUCUGGCCGCUUGGACUUCACAGUAACCAGUUAAAACUGUGGAAUAUCACUUUCUGGUUGAAAACCCAGAGGAAAGGCCCUGCUGUUUUCCACCCCCAACGUUGUCUGAUUUCAUGCAAGGGCUGCAGGUGUGGGAAGGGGCGUGGGUUUGGUGGUGUGGGAAAGGCAGACGGCAGGCUUCUCCCCCAGAUUCUGCUCGGUCCACACACCCUGGCCCACCUCCUCCAUGCCCCCCCCCCUUUCAGCAGAAGCCAGGAAGACUUGGACAAGCAUCAAGCAACAGUGGCUAUCGUAUUUAUUCAGUGUCUUCGCUGAGCCCCAGACUCAGCACAAUCAAGAGGGACUUUCAUGAAAGGCAGGAAUGCAGAUAAAACAAAGAUAUCAGAGGUUUGCACCUAUGUUUCUAGGUACAAGAGAAGGAUUAUUUCCAACAAUCUUUGCAAAAAACAAAAACAAACAAAAAAAAAAAGUGUCAGGAUAUAUUCUUGUGGAAGAGAAAAAGAAAGAGAAAUGGAGGGGGGGGGAAUAAUAAAAAGUUCUUGAGGCUUUUUUAAUUCAAAAUUUUAUAGAGGGGCAAAAGUGACGUUUACCAGAUAGAAUGCUGAUUUUUUUAAUAUAUUUACAACAGUAUUUGUGUAAAAAAAAAACAAAAAAAGUGAGAUUGUUAAAAGUAAUUUUUUUUUCCUUUUGGUUUUGCAUACACUGCCACCAAUCCCUUCUCUUUUAUUUUAUUUCACACACAUAUAUAUAUUUUUUGGUAAGUCAAGACUGUUAAGGUUAGCGAUACUGCUUCCAGAUAGAAAGAAUAAAAGGCAAUUAAAGUUAUAUUUGAAAGAGAGGAAGGAUAUUUUCUUCAUAUUUUUUUAAAUUUUUCUUAAUUUUUAUUAUUUUAAGUAUUGCCUGGGUUGAUGAGGGCCUCUGGCCAGCCCACCCCUGCUGUAAUUUGAACUGCUGCUUUGUAUUUUGAUAUGUAGUCUUUCGACUUUUAGCAAGCUUAUGUUGCUCCACUGAAUAUUUUUUUCAACUGAUUCAUCUAGAAUUCUGUUCUUUUUCACGGGAGGGACUUUAUCUUUCAGAAACAGAUUUCUUGCUUCUCUGAAAGUUCAUUGAGAUCUUAUGAUUCUAGAAUUUCUAUUGACUUUACCUUUUUUCUUUGAUGAAACAUUAGUAGUCUAGAGGUCUUGACAAAAGUGUUCUUUCCUUUUGUGGUCAGCCGGGAGGAGGAGUUCACAAAACUCUACUGUCCCUCCUCACCCUUCACGACUACAGAGAGCGGCGUUAUCAGAAGCCUGUUGCAGAUCAGAAUGCCUCGAUGCCGAAAUUACUUUCUUCCUUUCAAAGAUCACCUUCUAUUUCCACCAUGGUUGAGAGGGCUAAAUAAGAUGAUUAUUCUUUAGAUGAUUUAUUAACCCUUGCUUGUUGGUAAGGUUUUAAAGAAACUAACAAAAAUCUCCCAGAUGCCAACAUCCACCAUUCAGAAGGCCACCGAUUCAUUGCAUCAUCUUAGAUGCCACUCUCUCUUCCUAGUUGGGAUUUCUCUCCUCGGUCCUGAUCAAGGUAUCAGAAUAGAGAUUUUUCCAUUAUAGACAGUGUCCUAAAGGGAUUCCAACUCAAAUAUAGGAAUUUUUAAACCUAAUGAAAACUCCAAAGGUGAUUUCAUUGCUGGGCAUAUUUUAACACACUUAAGGGGAAAAGUAAAUCUUUAAACAAAGCAGAAACACUAAACUACAGUUUAAAAAGAAAAAAAAGAAGGAAAGAAAGUA